GCAAACGAUUACCACGUGGCGAAAAAAUUCCAUCUGGUAUUAUUACUUGGUUUCAAGAUAAUGGAUGGAUGGAUACUAACUUGAUGAUACGAUAUGUUGACUAUAUUAAUGAAGUAAGAGAUAAUAAUGAAUAUGGGGUUCCAACGAUGAUG